GGAUCAGUGAGGAACAGAGCUGCUCACUGCCUGAGAAGGGGGGCGCCCCCAGCAGGUUUGCAGAUCCCCAGCUUGCCUUCUCUAAGCUGGUUGAACAGGAGCUGCUCAGACCAGCAGGAUCCAGCAGCCGGGCCAGCUGUUUAAGAAGAGACACUCACCAAGGAAAAUCAUGAAUUAAGGGGGUUCCAGCUUCCAGCCUGUUCAUCAAACCCUCCGACAUAUCACGAAGCUAACCUUGACUAGAAGGCACUUAACCAGUUGAAGAGGUCAUUAUGGCCGUAGUGCACAAUACCCAAGUCAGAGAGGAGUUCGCUACUUUCCCUGAGAUCAUCGAACUCAAUGUGGGGGGCCAGGUGUAUAUCACUCGUUACCCCACCCUGGUCAGCGUCCAAGGUUCGCUGCUCUGGGAAAUGUUCAGUCGGAAGAAUCCCCUGUCCUUGUCCCAUGACAACAAAGGGCGGUUCUUCGUGGAUCGAGACGGCUUCCUCUUUCGUUAUGUGUUAGACUACAUGAGAGACCACCAGCUGGUGUUGCCGGACCACUUUCCAGAGAGGAGCCGGCUCAAGAGGGAGGCCGAGUACUUCAAACUGCCAGAUCUUGUCAAGAUCCUGGCCCCUGAGACUGGGAACAAUAGCUCCACGGCAGAUGACUCCCGGGUAAAUGACUCGGAAGAGCAAUACCCCAACCAUGGCUCGAGUUCAUCUGCCUCAGCUAGCGGCCCAGGCGGCUCCCCAGGGACAACUGGGGCCGGGGCUGUGGCCACCCGCAAGGGUGGUUACAUCACCCUUGGCUACCGGGGUUCCUAUACCCUAGGCCGGGAUAGCCAAACGGAUGCCAAAUUUCGUCGUGUGGCCCGCAUCAUGGUGUGUGGCAAGAUCUCACUGGCCAAAGAAGUAUUUGGGGAAACCCUGAAUGAGAGUCGGGACCCUGACCGCCCUCCUGAGCGGUAUACUUCCCGCUAUUACCUCAAAUUCAACUACUUAGAACAAGCCUUUGACAAGCUGGCCAACGCUGGCUUCCACAUGGUGACAUCGAGUUCUACAGGCACCUGUGCCUGUGCUCAGGACCAGGCUGAUGACAAGAUCUGGACCUCUUACACCGAGUAUAUUUUCUACCUGGCCUUGCUCAGCAGAACCUGUGAGGAAGCAGCUGCACAGCCUGGAGCCUCAGCGAUGAUCGCCAGAGGAUCUAACUGGACCCUAAGGUGCUACAGAGAUGGCAUACAGAAGAAUGAUUUUGGUACUGGAAAUGGAACAGAAGUGGCUGACAGGCAGCUCAUCCCCAAGAUAAAUAAUGAGAGCACCCAGCUGCCCUUGCUGAAUUCGUCUCACCUGGCUCAGAGGAACGAUGACCAUGCUUUUGCAGGGAACCCUUCAGUGGAUGGAAAGCAAGGUGUCAGCUCCUCCCCACGCUCUUCACCUGACGGCAAGCAGAAGAAAAUCGCAAGACAGAAUAGUCAGGGGGUGGCCAGAUUCCAUAACAUCUGGGAGCUGAAGCUGCACCAAGAAGACAACCUGGGCUUGGAAGUUGUGUCUGGGGCCCCCAGAUUUCCAGCCUUGUGCCUAGAGCAGUAUUGGGAAGCGGCUGGUGUGGCUCAUGUCGAGGCAGUCAAGGACCAAAGUUCUCAAGAUUCUAGGGGAACUGAGCCAGAGUUGUCCUUCCCUUUUGUCUGGCCUGAUGAGGUCCCAUGCCCCUCAAGGCCAGAAUCCCGUAGUCACUACCAACCCUUCAAGCAUUUGGGGAAGGCAAAGCAAUUAGGUCCCAGAUGGAACAAUGAAGAGUCCUGUAUUCCAGGAACAGGGAUAGAUAAUGAAUUUGACAGAGAGCAGGCCAGUGAGGAGCGGAGACUCAUGGAGAUGGAAAUGGGCAAAUGCAUUGAGGACUUUCGCAAAAUCAAGAUCCCUUGCACUUUCCCUAACAAAAAAAGACGAUGGCAGAGUGAGCUUCUCCAAAAAUACCAUGUCUGAGGACAGAGCGAAAUCUGCUACCACCAAUCCUGCGCCAAUCCAAUCUUCUGCCGUGCCAAAGUCCCUUGGAAUCAUCUGCCUCUCCUUUCAGCGUCUUCAUGGUGGGAGUGGGCUGGGGGGGGUGGGAGUGGGGUCAAGAUCUUUUCUGAAUGUACAAGCUGAUUUCUACAUUACCCAUAGACAGUUUCUGACCUCUGAAACAUUGUGGUCAUGUUGAAAUAAACUCCCCCCCCCAAA